GUGUGUUGCUCUGGCUGGUCACAGAUGUGUGAAACUGUUUUAGCGAGGAAAGUUAAUGUUUAGACCACGGAGAGAGAUGGUCCUUCACUGCAGAACUCCAGAUCCAACUCCUCCCAUCUUACAAAUACCUAAACCUACCCGUCUCCACCCCCUGAUCCCUAAACCCACCCAUCUCCAGCCCUAAACCUACUCAUCUCCACCCUUAAACCUACCAUCUCCACCCCCUAGAUGUGGAUCCAACCCCGCCCCCUGGAUCUUUGUUCUGCAGUGAGGGGCUACUACACGGAGACUCACUUUAGCUUGGAGCUUUAAUUAAAACAAUGUUGUGGAUCGACCUGAUUUUGACAAUCACAGCGGAAGCACCUCAUUGGUUUUCUUGUCUCAUAUUGGAACCCAGACUUGGACAUGGUUUGAAGGCCGCUAUGACUCUAAAUGAAAAUCUCAUGAAUUGCAACGGGAGCCAAAGUUCAGAGAAGCCAUGAUAUUUUUCAAAAUGCCUAGAUUCAAAAAAUACCAACUACAGCUAAUAAUAAUAUGCUUUAGUACCUUAAUGUUCACGGCAUACUGGGAACAGAUUAACAAUAACAUUGUAACCCAUGUAAUGUCUUUCUCGUACCGCUACCUUCUCAAUAGCUUCACGUUCAUUAACGCAAGCUUUAGAGUUAGUCCCGAAGAAGCUACCAAGUACAACAAUCACAGAUACCUAAUAAACCACGAGGGGAAGUGUGGUGAAAAGGACGUUCUGCUCCUGCUCUUUGUGAAAAGCUCCUCUGAGAACUUUGAGAGAAGACAAGCCAUUCGCUCUACUUGGGGAAACGAGGUGUACAUUGAAAGGAAGCUGGGUGUUACUGUAAAGGUGUUGUUCGCUCUUGGCCUCCAUCCUGAACCAGAGCAAAGAAGACUACUUAAGAUGCAACUGCUGUUUGAGGACCAAAGAUAUCACGACCUCAUCCAGCAGGACUUCAUGGACACCUUCCACAAUCUUACUCUGAAGCUACUCUUGCAGCUUGGCUGGAAAGAAACCUACUGCCACCGUGCCCAGUUCCUCAUGUCUGCAGACGACGACAUCUUCGUUCACAUUCCCAACAUAAUUCACUUCUUGCAAGGGAUUGGCCGCAGUAAUGCCAAAGACCUUUGGAUAGGAAAGGUGCACCGCGGUUCACCACCCGUCCGAGACAAAGAGAGCAAGUACUACAUGUCCCAAGACUUGUACCCGUGGUUGUCUUACCCAGAUUACACCCCUGGAUCUGGGUAUGUCCUCUCCAGAGAUGUGGCUACCAAAAUCUAUCAAGCUGCGCUCACCAUAAACGCUUCCUUUCACAUUGAUGACGUCUUCCUCGGGAUCUGCGCCAAAGUGAUAGACGUUGCUCCCAAGGACCAUGCGUUCUUUUCAGGAGAGGGAAAAGCUCCUCAUCACCCUUGUAUCUACAACCAGAUGAUGACUUCGCAUGGACACGUCAGAGACAUUCGGGAAAUGUGGAAGCGUGUAACAGAAGCUGAAGUUGGUCAGAUAUCCUCAGGACUGAUUUGGAGGCUCUACUGCACUGUCACGAAAGUGAGGCUUCUAUGUGUACCGUUUCUGUCAGACUCUUACCCAUGUAAGGCAGCUUUUUUUUGAAUACGACAGUUGUUAAAAUUGAAAAGAACUCUUAGAUUACCAGAGUAGCUUUGUACUAUAUUUCACAGGACAAGUAGAUUAGAUUGGUUCGGUAAAGAAUUCAGUGGUGUGUUCAGAGAAAUAAAAAAGUAAUUUACUGCAAUUAACAUGAAAUAAAGUUGAAAAUUAAGAUGAAAUGAAAGUGCAGUGUUCACUGUGCAACAUGUAAUUUAUAUUCAAUGAAAAGAAAAUGUUACUACCGGAUUAUGAAAAAUGUAAUCUGUUAUCUUGGGGAGCAGAUGAUCAGCAUGCAUAGGUUCCUGCGUUAAGCUGACUUGCCAUCAAAUUAAUUCGGCUUUCAUCUGUGUGUUUGUACAUAUACAGUAUACUGUAUAUAUGUUCUGUUCUUUUUUAGAUUUUUGACAGCAGAUAUCUAUUAAAGUUUGUUUUACAACUAACAGCUGAACUUAAAUCAAUACUAAUUGCCUAAAAACUAGUGCUUAAUCG